AUGGAAGAAAGCAAGGAUGAGACUGGAAAGAAAGCAGAGGAUGAAGUUCACACUCUAAAUAUAAACAUGACACGGGAUACUGAGGUUUCCCAAUCUCCCUCCACACUCAUUGUUGAAGGCCAGCCUUCUUCUGCUGCAGAAAAUGGAGAAACCAGCGCAAAUGUGCAACCCACCCCCAUCACAGAUAACGAAAAUGCUAUUAUGCCAAAACUCCAGAUAACUUUUAGCACAUUCACUGUCAAGAAUGGCGAAGAGCUAAAAGUAGAGGUCCCAGUGUUUGGGCACCCGGUGCCAAAGACUGAAUGGAAAAAAAAUGGCCAGGCACUUAAAGAAACAUCAAGGCUAGAGAUUUCAACUACAGCAUCACUGACAGUCCUUCAUAUCAGACAUGCUGUCAGGGAGCACUCUGGUCAGUACUCUGUCACAGCAGCCAACAGUGCGGGAAAAUAUACUGGGGAAAUCACUGUGGUUGUUCUUGAAAAGCCAGACCCACCCACAGGACCUGUGAGGAUUGAUGAAGUCAGUUCUGACUAUGUUACCAUCUCCUGGGAGCCACCUGAAUAUACAGGAGGCUGCCAACUAGACAACUAUGUAGUGGAGAAACGGGAAACCACGAGUAUGGAGUGGCAGACUGUUUCAGCAACAACAGUGAGAACCACAAUCAAAGUUACCAAGUUGAAGACAGGAAGUGAAUACCAAUUCAGAGUGUUUGCAGAAAAUAGGUAUGGAAAAAGUACUGCAAUCACAUCUCCUAUUGUAAUUGCUCAAUAUCCAUUCAGUGUUCCUGCUGCCCCUGGUACCCCUUUUGUUUCAGCUGUUACAAAGUACAGCAUGGUGGUUGAAUGGGAGCCUCCAAUCAGAGAUGGAGGCAGUCCUGUCACUGGCUAUCACAUUGAACGUAAAGAAAAGAACAGCAUUUUAUGGAGCAAACUUAACAAGUUUGUUAUAACUGAUGCUCGCUUCAAAACAAGCGGGCUUGAAGAAGGCAUUGAGUAUGAAUUCAGAGUCUGUGCUGAAAAUGUUGCUGGACUCAGCCCACCUAGCAAGAUAUCUGAAUGCUAUGUGGCAAGAGACCCCUGUGAUCCACCUGGUAAACCUGAAGCUGUUGUCAUUACUAGAGAAAAUGUCACACUUCAGUGGGCGAAACCCAAGUAUGAUGGUGGAAGCAGUAUUACAGGCUAUGUUGUUGAAAAAAAGGAGCUCCCAGAUGGCAGGUGGAUGAAAGCAAACUUCACCAAUGUUAUUGAGAAUCAGUUCACAGUCACGAGUCUGACUGGAGGGCAAAGUUAUGAGUUUAGAGUAACUGCUAAGAAUGGAGCUGGUGUUUGGAGCCCACCUUCAGAAAGUGUGACCAUCAUUGCGCAGGAUGUUAUUGAAGGACCCACAGCAUCCAUUGAUCCUAGGUUCAAGAGUACUACUGUUGUUCAGGCUGGAGAGACAUUCGUAAUCGAGGCUGAUUACUUUGGGAAGCCUCUUCCAGAAGUAACAUGGUUGAAAGAAGGAAGAGAAAUCGACAAAGUCACACCGAGAAUGGAGAUCAAAAACACCCUCACACACACAACCCUGACUGUCAGGGACUGCACACGAGCUGAUGGAGGACACUUUCUCUUGAACCUCAGUAACAUUGGUGGGACUACUUCUCUUCCAGUUAAUGUGAAGGUCCUAGAUAGACCCGGUCCUCCUGAUGGACAAAUGAAGGUGAAAGUUAUCAGUGCAGAGAAGUGCAAUCUUCACUGGAAUCCCCCUUUAAAUGAUGGAGGUGCAACUGUCUCACAUUACAUAAUUGAAAAAAGGGAGACCAGUCGUGUUACAUGGACAGGGGUAGAAGCUCAUGUUGAAGCUCUUAGUUACAAAGUGACAAAACUGGUACCUGGCAAAGAAUAUAUAUUCAGAAUUGCUGCUGUGAACAAAUUUGGAGUUGGUGAGUUUCUGGAAUCAGACCCCUUUAUUGCACAAAAUCCUUUCACACCACCGAGUGCACCUUCUACACCUGUAGCCACAGCUGUGACUGGUGACUCUGUAAUGCUAACAUGGGAAAGGCCUGAAACUGAUGGAGGUUCAGAGAUUGAUGGGUUCAUCGUGGAGAAACGUGACAAGGAUGGCGUCAGGUGGACCAAAUGCAACAAGAGACGACUAAACGAUUUGCGUUUCCGAUGCACUGGGCUCACAGAGGGACAUUACUAUCAGUUCAGAGUACUUGCAGAAAAUGCAGCUGGUCUGGGUGCUCCCAGUGAACCAAGUGAAUAUAUAAAAGUAUGUGAAGCUACUUACCCACCUGGCCCACCUACCAACCCCAAAGUGACAGACUAUUCUAGCAGUACUGUGUCUCUGACUUGGUCCAAACCCAUCUAUGAUGGAGGAGCCGACAUCAGUGGAUAUGUAGUUGAGAUGAAAGACGCAAGAGACAAUGAGUGGAUUACAUGCACGCCGAGUGCAGGUGUAGAGGACACACAUUACACUGUCAAAAGACUGAGAGAAAAUGCAGAGUACAGUUUUCGUAUUCGUGCAAUGAAUGCUGCUGGAGUUGGAGAGCAUGUGGAUUUACCUGGGUGUGUCGUCGCAGCUGAAAAAGUAGAGGCACCGGAGAUAGAGCUGGAUGCUGCCUUGAGGAAGAUUGUCAGUGUUAGAGUCUGUUCGACAUUACGUCUCUUUGUUACCAUCAGAGGAAGGCCGGAGCCUGAGGUUAAAUGGUCAAAAGAAGGAAAUGGUGCACUCAGUGAGCGUGCUCAAAUCGAGGUAACGAGCUCCUACACUGUGCUACUGAUUGAGAAUGUCAAUAGAAACGAUACUGGGAAGUAUGUGUUGACGGCUGAGAACUGCUGUGGCUCCAAAUCAGCAUUCAUCAAUGUGAAAGUUUUGGACUCUCCCAGUGCACCAACAAACUUAGAGGUAAAGGAUGUAAAGAGGGACUCUGUUUCUAUAUCCUGGGAGCCACCUUUGAUUGAUGGAGGAGCAAAGAUUUCACACUACGUCGUAGAGAAGCGAGAAGAGGCCAGAAAGGCAUUCACAAGCGUCUGUAGCAACUGUGUGAGGAAUUCAUUUAAGAUUGACAAUUUACAGGAAGGAUGCUUCUAUUAUUUUCGUGUCCUGGCUGUGAAUGAGUUUGGCACUGGGCUGCCAGCAGAAACCACAGAAGCUGUUAAAGUGUGUGAGGUGCCUCUGCCUCCUGGCAAGAUCACACUCAGUGAUGUCACGUGCAGUAGUGCAAGACUCUCGUGGGAAAAGCCGGACCAUGAUGGAGGAAGCAAAAUCUUAUCUUACAUUGUAGAAAUGCAAGCUAAGGGAGAUGACACGUGGACAAAAUGUUCAGAGAGUAAAGCACUCGAUGCAACUAUUAAUGGGCUGAAAAAAGGAAAGGAGUAUUUCUUUAGAGUAUGUGCAGCGAAUGAAAAGGGAAGGAGUGAGCCAAAGUGCCUGCCUGCAUCUGUGAUAGUGAAGGAUACCAGCACUGAGCCUACGAUCAGUCUGCUGUCCAACACAUUCAGCGUGAAGGCAGGAAAUGAUUUAAAGAUCGAUGUUCCAUUUAAAGGGCUGCCAUCACCAACAGCAGCCUGGAAAAAAGACGGCAAUGCGCUGAAAGAGACAAGCAGGGUAAAUGUUAGCACAUCUGACACAUCAUCGCAGAUCAUUAUCAAAGACGCAACCAGGAUAGAUGUCGGUGUGUAUGAGGUGACCCUGACCAACUCUGUUGGAACCACUUCGGCUCAAAUAUUUGUUAAUGUUUUUGAAAGGCCCGGACCACCAACAGACCUCAGUGUGGAUGAUGUUAGUGCUGACUUUGUGUCUCUGUCAUGGCAGCCUCCAAAUUACACUGGUGGAUGUCAAAUCACUAAUUAUGCUGUUGAGAAAAGAGAUACAGGUAGUACAUUAUGGCAGAGUGUAUCAGCUACAGUUGCAAGAACAUCAAUCAAAAUUUCUCGUCUGACACAAGGCACUGAAUACCAGUUUCGUGUUGCUGCAGAGAAUCGCUAUGGAAAGAGCCACUUUGUUGAGUCAGAGCCUGUUGUUGCUCAGUAUCCCUUUAAGCCACCCGGUUCACCAACCAAUCUUCAUGUUGUGCAGGCCUCAAAAUCUGUAAUGGUAAUCGCUUGGAGCAAACCAGAAAGUGAUGGUGGCAGCCCUAUUAUUGGUUACCAUAUUGAAUGCAAAGAUCAAAGCAGUAUUCUGUGGACAAAGUUAAACAAAAGCCCAGUGACAGAGAACCAAUACAAGGUGACAAGCGUUGAAGAGGGUCUGAUAUAUGAAUUCCGAGUGUGUGCGGAGAAUAUGGCAGGUGUUGGACCUUGCAGCAAGCCAUCUGAUCCUGUAGCAGCAAGAGACCAGUGCGAUCCCCCAGGCAACCUCACUGUCACCAAUAUAACUAACACUUCAGUAACGCUCUCAUGGGACAAGCCGGAAUAUGACGGUGGAGCUAAAAUAACUGGUUACAUCGUUGAGCGCAAAGAACUGCCUGAUAGUUGCUGGCUUAAGUGCAACUUCACAAACCUACUGGACACCUUCUUAGAAGUGACUGGCCUAACAGAGGGUGAACAGUAUGACUUUCGUGUUAUUGCAAAGAAUGCAGCUGAGCUCUUCAGUGCACCCUCUGAAACAACUGGAGCUGUUACAGUACAGCAUGAUGUAGAGCCACCCAAAAUUAUCUUGGAAGACAAAUUUAGACAGGUGGUGGUUGUCAAAGCAGGCGACUUUCUAAGAAUAGAAGCUGAAAUCUCAGGCCGCCCCAUUCCUACAGUGUUUUGGCUGAAGAAUGACAGAAAUAUUGGCACUAAGGGACGGGUUGAGAUAAGGGCAACAAAAAUGCAUACCUCUCUGCUUAUCAGAGAGACUGUUAGGAAAGACUCCGGUCAGUAUACUCUUACUCUGCAGAAUACAGGUGGCACCACAUCGAAGACUAUCACCUGCAAAAUACUAGACAGGCCUGGUCCACCUGCUGGACCCUUGGAAGUUUCUGGACUUUCAGCAGAAAAGUGCACCCUGUCAUGGGGGCCUCCUCAUGAGACUGGUGGUGCUGAGAUCAUGUACUACAUUGUUGAGAAGUGUGAAACCAGCCGCAUUGCUUGGACCCUUGUGUAUGGUGACAUGAUGUCAACUACCUGCAAAAUAACCAAACUUCUCAAAGGAAAUGAAUAUCUGUUUAGGGUGAGGGCAGUGAAUAAAUAUGGUGAGGGAGAGACUUUGGAAAGUGAGCCAGUCAAGGCCAUGGAUCCCUUUACCAUCCCAUCUGCUCCAACAGAUGUUGAGGUCACAAGUGCAACCAGUGAGGUUAUGACAGUUUGCUGGAAGAGGCCAGCCUCUGAUGGUGGCAGCCGCAUCAGCGGCUACAUUGUAGAGAAAAGGGAGAAGCAGGGGAUCCGCUGGGUCAGGGUCAAUAAGAAACCAGUCUAUGACCUACGAGUCAAAGCCUCUGGUCUGCAUGCAGGAUCUGAGUAUGAAUUCAGAGUCUUUGCUGAAAAUGCUGCUGGGCUUAGUGAACCAAGUCUGCCAUCCCCUCUCACCCUGGCAGAGGAUCCAAAGUUUCUUCCUUCCCCUCCGGCAAAGCCCACCAUAAUUGAUUCAUCCAGAUCCUCAAUCACGCUGUCAUGGAACAAACCACUGUUUGAUGGUGGAGCUGCAGUUACGGGGUAUAAAGUAGAAUUCAGAAAACCAACAGAAGAAGACUGGGCUGUUGCUGUUCAGAACACAGAUCGGACAGAGUUUACAGUAACUGGACUCACAACAGAGGCAAACUAUGUUUUUACUGUCAGAUCCAUAAAUAAGGUUGGUAUCAGUGACCCCAGCCCUGAAACAGACCAUGAAGUAGCCACAGAGCGAGAGGAGAAGCCCGUGUUUGACAUUAGCCCUGAGAUGAGGAAGACUCUGCUUGUUAAAUAUGGCAGCUCCUUCACAUUGACAGUGCCUUUCACAGGCAGACCUGUUCCCAGUGUGUCAUGGGACAAAGCAGAUGUUGAUCUGCGAGUCAGAGGAAUGAUCAACACCACGAGCUCUGCCACCUCUAUCACAGUUGAACAAGCAACACGUGAUGACUCCGGCAAAUACACCGUCAAACUGCAAAAUGCCGCUGGAUCUGCUUCUUUGACCCUAAAUGUGAAGGUUUUAGAUUCACCUGGUCCCCCAGCUCAUAUAACAGUUAAAGAUGUGACUAAGAACUCUGCCACUGUUACCUGGGACAUCCCUGACAAUGAGGGAGGGGCCCCUGUAAAGAACUACCUUGUAGACAUACGGGACAUUAGCAGAACGGGAUGGACGAAGCUUACGGACAAGUGUCGCCGAUUGUCUUACAAGGUGUCCGACCUGGAGGAGGGAGGAAUCUAUUUCUUUAGAGUCACAGGAGAAAACGAGUAUGGCAUUGGGCUUCCAGCUGAGACCAGAGAGGGAACAAAAAUGACAGAUACAACAGACUUGGAGACAAAUCCAGGAGCUUAGUUUGUCCCAGGUCAAGAAAAUCAAAUCCUGAAAAUCAGACAGGAUUUUCAAAUCACAUAUAGAUAUGUUUUCCUCUUUUGUCCAGAUGUGAGAGUCAGAGCGUAAUGAGUUGACAAGUUGGUCUCAUAUCAGCCUACUUUUGUGUCUUUUGGUUAGGGAAGUUGAUUAAAUGUGUAUGUCAUAUUUAUCAUGUCAAUGAUUUAUUUAUUUACUUUUUUCCCAUUCUGAAUAUGUCAAAAAACCAAACAAACAUGUAUCUAUGAUUUGGGAUGACUUUCGACUCUCAACUAUGUUACUGAUGGUGAUGGAAAACAAGAAGGACAGACAAUAUUACUUUAAAAGAAGCAGGCAAUCCAGUAACAACACUUUAAAUCUAAAAAAGCAGAGGCUCAGAACUUGGUUUUCAUUCUUUUUCAGGAAAGAAAAUGUUCAAAUGUUGGACCUCCGCCUUGUUUUUAUUUCUGGCUCCUUUGCGUGCAAAGUGCCAGGGUAGUAGGCUAAGUUGCUCACAGUGUUUGUUUGUGUGUGGUGGGGAUAAUUAUGUUAACUGCAAGGAAUUUCGAGGUUUUGUGAACACGUAAUUUAUAUUCUGGGUUGAAAAAGAGCUUUUGUUGAAGAACAAAGACCAUUGUCAGCAGAAGUCCUCACUAAGUACUAUAUAUUGUAUAUUUAAAAAAAAAAAAAAAGAAAACUCUUCUACUUGUUUAUUUUUU